CAGAUGUAUUUUCAAUUUCUCUGGAUAAAUUAGUAAAACAUCAAAUUUGCUUUACUGGAUGUGUGUCAUCAAGAGCUAGACACACUGCUUUAGCCAGCCAUUACCCCCUUGUUACAAGGCUGAGAACAACAUGCGGUCCAACGCACCUUACUCUGAACCUAUCAAUUGGCAUGAUAUAUUUUUGAGGAUUGAUGCUGAUGGGGAUGGUUUGAUCCUGAGAUCAGAGCUGCGUCAAUACCUGCUCAGGAAACCCAUCAGUGAAGUGCCGCUCUCUGCAGGCUUGGUGGACAACUUGUUGGCUCGUGUUGACUACAAUGAUGAUGGCUAUAUCAACCUCCAGGAGUUUUAUGCCCUUGUGAAUGUACCGCAAGACGCGCAGGUGCGCUCGGCCGUGCGCCGCGCGCUGGUGCAGGCUGGCCUGUCCAUGACGCCUCGGUCACAAAAGGCGCACGCAGACCGCAUAUACCUGGAGGCUUAUUCCUGCUGCCCGCCUCCUCUCACCAUCCCUGCCUUCGUUAUUGCUCAGAUCUGCGUGUACAUCUAUUACGCGAACAAGAUGGGCAGCGCUGGCCCUUAUUCACCCGUGCCGUUCGACUCGGAGAUCAUCUACGAUCCUAAGCGACGUAUUGAAGCCUGGCGCUUUGUGUCCUACAUGUUCCUCCAUGCUGGAUACGUGCACCUGUUGAGCAACUGCUUCAUGGCGCUGGUGGUGGGGCUGCCCCUGGAGGCGGUGCACAAGUGGUGGCGGCUGCUGCUGCUCUACCUCGCCGGCGUCAUCGCGGGCUCCCUAGCGUCUUCCAUUGCUGACCCUCAGUCAUACCUGGUGGGGGCGAGCGGGGGCGUGUACGCGCUCAUCGCCGCGCACCUGGCGAACGUCAUCCUCAACUGGAGCGAGAUGCCCUUCAACUGGGUGCGUCUGCUGGUGCUGCUCGUCCUCAUGAUCACCGACGUCACGGUCUUCUUCUACAACGCCUAUUACGGCGUUGAUAAUAAGGUAAGCUACUCUGCCCACUUGGCUGGGUUUGUGAGCGGGCUGCUGGUGGGCAUGAUGGUGCUGCGCAACCUCCGCAAGCUGCUGUGGGAGAUCAUCCUCAAGUGGGUUGGCUUUGUCAUCUACAUCGGCUUAUUCACCGCGGCCGUCAUCGUGCACAUCUUCUUCUACAAGGAAGUCGGCAUGUACCCUCCUGAUGCUUACAAGAAUGAUAUUAAUUGAUAUUCUUCUGUAAGUUGGCCUCAAAAGAAGGUUAAAUGUAGCCCCGGAAGUGGAAUUUAUUUUUUGCAUGCGAUUGUUUAAUAGAAUUUACAGCAUAUUUUACAUGGGUAUUGAUAAUAAUAUCAAUGCCAGACCUGAUUGCGUCCAUCAAUAAUAAUCUUGAAACGUAGAAUGUUCUAUAUUAGACAUAAGGUUUAAAGUGUGGAUUCUUAAUAAACGGUUAUAACUUUGAACCUAACAUGAAAGAAAGAUUCUCCUCUAUCUCAUAAUCUUGUGUAAUAUUGUCAUGUUUUGAUGUGUAGGCUGAAUUUAAGAAUGUCUUUUGUAACUGAGAAAAUUAGGUAAAGUAAUUAUUAAAAUGAUGAUAAAUAGCGGCAAACUAAUAAUGAAUUUCGAUUAGAAACGCUAGCAAAGACUAACAUAUUGAAUGUAGUUUUGAAUAUUUGUCAUCAAAUCUGUUGCGUCAGCCUUUUUAUAAUUUUUAGGUAGUGAAGUUCAAGUUGUAUGUUUAAAUGUCUCGCUUUUUGAUUGUUUGUAAAACUGUAAUACUUGAGAUUAAGGUAUUUGUUAUUUGUAAGUCUGCUCAUCGAUUUUUAUGGUAAUUUUCUCAUUAGAAAUAUGUUCAAAGGCAUAAAACAUCGGAGAGAAAAGAGAGAACUUCAGCCGUUGUAAAGCGUGGACCACUCACUGGGGUUCUUGUUUCAUUGACGCCGCGCGUGUACUGGCAUAAAUAUCCAGUGACAGUGGAUUAGUGUCCAGUUAUUGGAUUAGUAUAGUGGAUUAGUGUCCAGUUUGAUGUACAGUGUCCCCUGAUACCACACUUGCAGGGUCCAAGCAGAUUUCAGAGGCACGUGGAAGAACCGUUGGAUUGGAUAGGGCGACUACGGUAGUUUAAUGGUAUAGUCCAUGUGGUCUGGCUCCAUAAUCUUGUCCAGUGGUCUGGCUCCAUGAUCUGGUCCAGUGAUCUGGCUCCAUGAUCUGGUGCAGUGGUCUGGCUCCAUAAUCUGGUGCAGUGGUCUGCCUCCAUAAUCUGGUCCAGUGGUCUGGCUCCAUGAUCUGGUGCAGUGGUUUGGCUCCAUAAUCUGGUGCAGUGGUCUGCCUCCAUAAUCUGGUGCAGUGGUCUGGCUCCAUGAUCUGGUGCAGUGGUCUGCCUCCAUAAUCUGGUGCAGUGGUCUGCCUCCAUAAUCUGGUGCAGUGGUCUGCCUCCAUAAUCUGGUGCAGUGGUCUGCCUCCAUGAUCUGGUGCAGUGGUCUGGUGUCCCACGUCUGAUUUGCUCUGUCUUCGCUCAACAGCUCACCGUUGCUAGUUAUGCUGCCGUGUCCGAGCAGUCAUGUAGAGUACCUCGGUUCAUGAAGCUCACUGUCGACCUGUAGUUACAUUUAUAAUCUCUUGAUAACCGGCUUGUAUCAUUGUGAGUCUCUUGUAUUAGCUUCUAGUAUUCUAAAUGUUCAGGCUCUAACACUCGUCAACGAAUUUCUACCUGAGCUAAAAUAUUAUUUUUAAUGAUCUAAAUGCAACGGUGACUCUUAGGUUAGAGAGUCGCAUGGGACAGCAUAUGGGUACAGCUGCCUUAUAUUUUAUUCUAUGCUGUACUCAAUAUUUACUUCUAACAAUGUCUUUUGAUUACUAGAAACGAAGGCGCCGCCCUUGAAAUAAGUUGCCGCAAUUCUCUCGCGUAAUUCUACGUCUUCAGAAUCUCACGUGAAAGUAUUAAUUCUUGCAUUGAAAGCUGUGGGUCUGAUUAUAGUGUGCAUUUUAUCUUAAUUUUUUAUGCAGGCCUCCCAUUAUAUAAAACAUAAUUUUCAUCGUCGUGCAUAGUGUGUAUUCUCAUCUCAAAGGAGCCAGUACUGAUAUUAUUUCUAAAGCUUUUCAUUUUUAAUCGAUGUCUUGAGCUUUGUUUUGCAGUUUUUUAGUCGGUAGUUUGUCUGCCAUGUUUGACAUCUUCGUGUGAUGCAUGCAUCUGGCAGUGUGGUAGUUCAUGUUAGGGCAUUUAUUGUUAGGUUAAAUUGGCAUCCGUUUAGUAACGUCUGUUUCUUGGUUGAUUCUUGUAUGCAUGCAGUGCUACUUUUCCAGCUUUAAUAUCUAGCUUUAAAAUAAUAUCUACUCAGAGUAGCCGUUUAAUUUAUCUUGCUUUUUAUGGAAAUUAUUUAUUGCUUCUGUCUACAUUCCUCUGAUGUGUAAUGGACUAUGGACCUUUUAAAGAACACGUUUUUCUGUUGACACGCCGCGCAAUUCUUCGGUAGGUUUGUUGCUCAAAUUUGUAUAAAAAAUACGUGACUUAAAAAAUAAUGAUGUUCGUGAGUUGAGUAUUGAUAUAUCUUUUGCUAACUCUCGUCGCCUGAUGAGUUUAAAUUGUAUAUGUAAUCAGGUCCUAAUUUAUGUUAAUGAGCUCAGAAUUGUCAAGCAACUCGGAGCUGCACCAGACUAAGGGCCUUGAUGACUUAAAUAUGUGAUUCAAAUUAUAUUCAUCUAUUCCCGUCGUUCCAGGUUUUUUAAACUUAUAAAGCAAUAAAUCUAUUAAAUUUGUGUCUCCCAGCAUUCUGUUCUUAUGAUGUCUGUGUCUCCCAGCAUUCUGUUCUUAUGAUGUCUGUGUCUCCCAGCAUUCUGUUCUUAUGAUGUCCAUGUCCACCUUGGGAGUGGGAUACUGUAAAUUAUAUGCUUCAGUGUGGGCUGAUAAAUUCCUGUGUAACUUGCCUCUAUCGGUAUUUUUGUCGCAAUGUUCAUUCAAUAACUCAUCAUCACUGCGAGGCGAGAGAGGAGUUCAGACGAGUCAAGGAGUGGAGAGAGAAGCUUAAUUACUAUAGUUGGCCACAGAUAGUAACGACGGUGAAAGAACGUUUAAGCAACGUUAAUUUCACGUCAAAUGUCUGGUUACCAGCUUCUCUUUCUAUUGCCACGCUUCAAGAUUGCGUCCAAGAUGACGUGCCGGCAAGACGCUUGGCUGGCUCAUGUCCCUCACUAUUCAGACGGGGAUCGAUGAAGCUGCCGCUGGGCGUUUCGAAGUUAAUGUGCAAAAAUUAUGUUUUUUUGUGGAAAUAGAUUCAAUUAAUUUGAGAUUUUUAGGUAACAUGUUUAGGAGCCUACAGGCAAUAUGGAGUUCAAAGAACUGUUUGAAUUUGAUAUUAGAAGUGCUGUUUGCGUGUUAUUUUAAACCUUAACCCACUAAGUCGCGGCCAUAUUUGGUUAUUACAAGUUUAUUUUCUAACCAUAUAUUCUAAAAUAUUAUUAGACUAACAAAAUAUUAUCUACCUUCUUUUCGAGUGCACGCGUGUUUCAACUCGUAUACAUGACUAACGUUAACAUGGAAUGACUGCCUCUUGAUUUACCGUAUAAUUUAUUUAUUAUUUUAAUGCUCAAACUUUAUUGUAUUCAUUUGUGCCGCUAUUAACCCUAGGAUUAAUUCCUUUCUUAAAUAUAGAAGUUUGAGAUAAUUGUGUGAAUUGCUUGUGCGAAAUACGUUCAGCGCGUGCAAUGCGUGUAGAUUUUGUUCUCUGUGUAGAAAUUCUACUCCAUACAAUUUUCUAUAUCGUUUUAUUGAGUCCUAGAAAUGUUGGCAUUUGUUUUCCAUGCAGGCAGACGAUCCUCUUGCCAGGCUUUGCGAUGUUGAGAUAGAUUUAAUGUUUUGCGUUUGCUUCGUUUCCUGAAGAGCAUUAAAAUGUUUAUUUGAUUUAACCCUUCCUGCCCCUGGAGAUUCAUGAGGUGUACCUGUCCCGUGCAUGUUUCCCUUUUUUAUUGUAUUAAUAAUAGAUUACUUUUAAGAUCAGAACUUGAAUUUGUUAACUGAUCAUUUAUCGUUUCUGGACCUCUUAUUUGUUAAGACUUCUGAGGAUAUUUGAUGGCCAACCAACUCACUUUACCUGCACUUGUGUCUGUUUAUUAGGAGCCACUGCUUGGUUAUCAGCCUCUCUGACUUAAUUAAUUGUGAUAUUUUAAUUAUUUAAUUGGGAAGAUCUUUUGAUUUCAUCAGUUCUGAAGUGGCUACCUCAUCUUUGUUAUAUAGCUUCUCAAUCGGCUUUCUAUUUAAACAUAUUUCAUUCAAUAAGUGCUUCUUACUUGAUACUUAAUUAAUGUUUCGCCGUUGCCCUCACUAAGAUAAGUAAUAUUACUGGUAGAAUAUCAGGAAUCUCAUCGUAAAAGUAAUGAUAACAAGUUUAAGAACUGACAUCAAUCUGAAGAGAUCUGACAAGACGCAUAAUUUUUUAGCUUAAGAAUAAUUAUAAAUUUAGUGUGAAGAGUUUCAAUUGCCGUGAAUAUCACAUAAGUCGUGGUCAAGUUAAAAUAGAAAUAAUCGAAACCUUUUAUUGCUCAGUCUUGACUUGUUUACUUGAAGAGUAGUUAUAAACUAUGUGUAAACCUGUGCCUUACGAAAUGCGUCUAGUUCUUCGUGUGAUGUUAGUAUGCUAUGCUGGUAUACCUUGCCUGGUGCUGGUAUGCCUUGCCUGGUGCUGGUAUACCUUGCCUGGUGCUGGUAUGCCUUGCCUGGUGCUGGUAUGCCUUGCCUGGUGCUGGUAUACCUUGCCUGGUGCUGGUAUAACUUGCCUGGUGCUGCUAUGCCUUGCCUGGUGCUGGUAUGCCUUGCCUGGUGCUGGUAUGCCUUGCCUGGUGCUGGUAUAUAUGCCUAUGCACAUGUCUUUCGUUCAAACUUUGACGCUCUGAGGCGAGCGCGUUUCAUCUUGGUAAUGUAUUCAACGAGAUUGAAUUUAAUGUGUUCAUAUCAACACUUUGAGAUUUAAUGUAGCCCCUUUGUAAUGCCGAGUGAUGUUAUCUUUAUAUUACUCACAAAACUCGUACCUCAUUUGUCUCGAUUAUUGUGUCGGAAUAUCCAUGUUUAUAAUCAAAAUGUUUCAGUUACCCUUACACACCUCAUGUUUAUUAAAAUUACUCCUGGAAA